GCUAAAGGGUGUGUGGAGGUGACAUGGCGGGUUCCUCGUUCUCUGGUGACCUACAUCCAGAACUCUGUCAAGCCCAGCAGUCAGAGCAUGAUGGAGCAUCACGUCACCACUCUCACCAUUGAUGGAUUCAUAGUCUACGACUCAUCUUUUGCCAUGCAUAAUGAGCACAAGGUGAUUCGACUACAACUUCAAGCUAUAGCGUCACACAUUAGCCUCUUGCUGGAGGAGAUGUCCCCAAAUGCAGAUGAAGUUGUGCCAUACCUGCUGCAGCGAAGGCUGCUUACUCAAAUACAGGCUGCAGAAGUUUGCGAGGAGACCAGUCCAGUAGAGAAAGGGCGGUUUAUAGUUCAAGCAAUUAUGGAUUAUGACCGUAAUUUGGCUGGAAGACUCCCUACUUUGUGUGAAGCCUUGAACUGUGCUGGGCACCGGCAUAUUGCAGGAAAACUUCUUAACAAGUUCCAGAGUCUCCUGAAGGGUGAGGCAGUCUCCCACCAACAAGAGGAAGAUGAAGUCAUGAUCUCUGGAGAGUCAAGUACCCAGCCCUCUCCUCCUCCUCCAGAUAGCCACCUCGUCACUGCUCAAUUGGAGGGUUCUAUCCUCACAAGAGCACAGUACAACACCAUACAUAGCCUCACCAGCUCCUUUCUCGGUAUCCCCACUAGUGAUCUGGUGUAUGAUGGUCACACCCUCGAUCCUCUCACUCUUCACUGGCACUACUAUACUAUUUGUCGGUCGUUAAUUUCUCUCUCUCAUUACAAUGCAAUGGCACAGGAGGGUAUUAGAAAACUUGUGAAUGGAGAGGAGAUUAUCGUUCUUCAUUUAAAUAAUGGGUGA